GAUCUCUGUAGUCCGGAGGGGCAGUCAUGAUGCUCCCCUGGCUGAAUCGGGUUCCCCUCCUGCUGGCGGUGGCCUGGGGGCUGGGCGGCCUGGAGACCCCUGCAGAGGCCAGUCUGUGCUAUGAGAUAUUUGAUGACACCUCCGGGUCCUGUGUGGAGCUGUUAGGAGACGGGCUAAGCCAGGAGGAAUGCUGUCUCAAUCUUCAGUAUGGCUUCCGGUUGCAUAAGGACGCGCCUUGUGAAGCCUGCCGCCCAGCGGCAUGGAGUGAAUGGUCCCCAUGGACUCCCUGUUCUGUUUCCUGUGGCGAAGGGACCCAGCAGCGCAGCCAGGCAUGCUACGGCCAGGGCGACUGUGGGCAGGAGUCCCGCCGGUGGGAACUGAAACCCUGCGGCUUGGAUGGUUGCUGUCCUGUGAUGGGCGGCUGGUCUGAAUGGGCGCCCUGGGGCCCUUGCUCGGUGACUUGUCUCAGGGGGGCCCAGACCAGGGAGCGGACCUGCACCAAUCCGGCACCGACAUGCGGAGGCACCUGCCCGGGAAGCAACGUCGAGACACGUUCUUGCGACACCCAGCAGAUCUGCCCGACCCAUGGGAACUGGGGGAGCUGGGGGAACUGGGGGGCCUGCUCUGCCACUUGCACCCCCGAAGGUCCAGGCCCGAAGCCCAAUAAGCAGCGUCGUCGUCAGUGCAACAACCCUGCGCCUUCCAGUAACCCACCUGGCAACCGCUGUCCGGGAGACGACCAAGAGUCCCAAGCGUGUGCUGGACUGCCCUUCUGUCCACAGGACGGCAACUGGGGCACCUGGAAGCCGUUCAGUGACUGCUCAGUGACCUGUGCGGUUGGCCGGCGACUGGAGAAGCGUCUGUGUGACAGCCCCGCACCAAAGUAUGGAGGGCAACCCUGCCGUGCGUCAGACACUCGUAGUUUUGCCUGCAACACCGGGGUGCCCUGCCCAGUGGAUGGACAUUGGACCGAGUGGACCGAGUGGACCCCCUGCAGCAGGCACACCUUCACAGGGAAGAUCGAGUGCCGCGAGAUCCCUGGAUUUCAGAGGAGGACCAGAAAGUGCGUUGACCGGGCCCACGACGGGAAGCGCUGCCCUGGGGAAUUAAACGAAAUGAGAAACUGCUACAGUAUAAAUAUGUGCACCUUGCCAGGCAUCUGGACGGACUGGAGUCCUUGGGGUCUGUGUGAGCCGGCUUGUGGGGAGAACCCAAUGAGAUCUCGCAAAAGGGAGUGCAAAGCUGUCUACCCUGAUUACUCGAUGGACAUUCAAGCCGCUGCCGGCUCUUCGAAGGUGUUCAACACCAGCUUCUGGGGGAAGCCCUGGCCCAAGUGCGAACCUCUGGAAGGGCAGAGGCUGCGGCUGGUGGAAACGGUGCCCUGUCAGAAUGUGCUGCCUUGUUCAGACUGAUUUUGCAGGAGGAAAUCUUGUGGAUUUUCAGCACGGGAUACAAGAAGUGAAGGAUGCUGCACAACCAGUAUUUUUGCUUCCUGUGGCUUUCGUAGAUUGCCCCAUAACUUCCUUCCUCUUACUGAAAUGGGCACCCUGGGGCACAUCGUCCCCAUCUGAAUCAUCAGUGUAUUAAAUUGUGUAUAAUGU